AUGGAGGCGGAGCAGCGGCCAACGACUGGGGCCAACGAGGGGGCGACCCCUGGGUUGGAGGCUGAGCCUCCUGCUGCCCCGGCGUCUACAACCACAGCCUCGGGUCCAGUCCCUGGGUCCAGGCCCGGGCCCGAGCCCAAGAGGAGGCAGCUCGGGACCCUGCUCCAGCCCACGGUCAACAAGUUCUCCCUUCGCGUGUUCGGCAGCCACAAAGCAGUGGAAAUCGAGCAGGAGCGGGUCAAGUCAGCGGGGGCCUGGAUCAUCCACCCGUACAGCGACUUCCGGUUUUACUGGGACCUGAUCAUGCUCCUGCUGAUGGUGGGGAACCUCAUUGUGCUACCUGUGGGCAUCACCUUCUUCAAGGAAGAGAACUCUCCACCUUGGAUUGUCUUCAACGUCCUCUCUGACACUUUCUUCCUGAUGGAUCUGGUGCUCAACUUCCGCACAGGCAUCGUGGUAGAGGAGGGUGCUGAGAUCCUGCUGGCACCGCGGGCCAUCCGCACACGCUACUUGCGCACCUGGUUCCUGGUUGAUCUCAUCUCCUCUAUUCCUGUGGAUUACAUCUUUCUGGUGGUGGAGCUGGAGCCACGACUGGAUGCUGAGGUCUACAAAACAGCGCGGGCCCUGCGCAUCGUGCGUUUCACCAAGAUCCUCAGCCUGCUGCGGCUGCUCCGCCUCUCCCGCCUCAUCCGCUACAUACACCAGUGGGAGGAGAUCUUUCACAUGACCUAUGACCUGGCCAGUGCUGUGGUUCGCAUCUUCAACCUCAUCGGAAUGAUGCUGCUGCUGUGUCACUGGGAUGGCUGUCUGCAGUUCCUGGUCCCCAUGCUGCAAGACUUUCCUCCUGACUGCUGGGUCUCCAUCAGCCACAUGGUGAACCACUCCUGGGGCCGCCAGUAUUCCCACGCCCUGUUCAAGGCCAUGAGCCACAUGCUCUGCAUUGGCUACGGGCAGCAGGCACCUGUAGGCAUGCCCGACGUCUGGCUCACCAUGCUCAGCAUGAUCGUGGGUGCCACGUGCUACGCCAUGUUCAUCGGUCAUGCCACCGCCCUCAUCCAGUCCCUGGACUCCUCGCGGCGUCAGUACCAGGAGAAGUACAAGCAGGUGGAGCAGUACAUGUCCUUCCACAAGCUGCCGGCUGAUACACGGCAGCGCAUCCAUGAGUACUAUGAACACCGCUACCAGGGCAAGAUGUUCGAUGAGGAGAGCAUCCUAGGCGAGCUGAGCGAGCCGCUGCGGGAGGAGAUCAUUAACUUCACCUGCCGGGGCCUGGUGGCCCACAUGCCGCUGUUUGCCCAUGCUGACCCCAGCUUCGUCACGGCCGUGCUCACCAAGCUACGCUUUGAGGUCUUCCAGCCGGGGGACCUCGUGGUGCGUGAGGGCUCCGUGGGCAGGAAGAUGUACUUCAUCCAGCAUGGGCUGCUCAGUGUGCUGGCACGUGGCGCCCGGGACACCCGCCUCACUGAUGGAUCCUACUUUGGGGAGAUCUGCCUGCUGACUCGGGGCCGACGCACGGCCAGCGUGCGUGCAGACACCUACUGCCGCCUGUACUCACUCAGCGUGGACCAUUUCAACGCCGUGCUCGAGGAGUUCCCUAUGAUGCGCCGGGCCUUCGAGACAGUGGCCAUGGAUCGGCUGCGCCGUAUCGGCAAGAAGAAUUCCAUCCUGCAGCGGAAGCGCUCUGAGCCAAGUCCGGGCAGCAGUGGGGGCGUCAUGGAGCAGCACCUGGUCCAACACGACAGGGAUAUGGCUCGCGGUGUUCGGGGCCUGGCGCCCAGCACAGGCGCUCGGCUCAGUGGAAAGCCGGCGCUCUGGGAGCCGCUGGUGCACGCACCCCUGCAAGCAGCUGCCGUGACCUCUAGUGUGGCCAUUGCCUUGACACACCAGCGGGGCCCUCUUCCCCUCUCACCCGACUCUCCAGUCACCCUCCUUGCUCGCUCUGCUCGAAGAUCAGCAGGAGCAGGCUCCCCAGCCUCCCCGCUGGUGCCUGCCCGAGCUGGCCCUCUAGCCCGGGGGCCUUGGGCAUCCACCUCCCGCCUGCCGGCCCCGCCUGCUAGAACCCUCCAUGCCAGCCUAUCCCGGGCUGGGCGCUCACAGGUGUCACUGCUGGGGCCUCCCCCAGGAGGGGGUGGACGGCGACUAGGACCUCGGGGCCGCCCUCUCUCAGCCUCCCAACCUUCUCUGCCUCAGAGGGCAGCAGGUGAUGGCUCUCCUGGGCGUAAGAGCUCAGGAAGUGAGCGCCUGCCCCCUUCAGGGCUCCUGACCAAGCCUCCAGGGACAGCCCAGCCCCCCAGGCUGCCAGUGCCUGAGCCAGCUACUCCCCGGGGCCCCCAGCUGUCUGCCAACAUGUGA